GCUGCGGCGCUUUCCGGCACGGCCUCUGAGAAGGAACUUCCGGUUUCUUGUGCGCAAGUGCAGACCCGCCUCUUCCACUCUCCCGGAAGUUCCGGAGCCGCCGCUCGCGCUGCCGCAGCCGCGGAGUUCUGAGUGAAUUGUUGUCUCUGAAGGUGGAUGUGAGGUUAUGUGCAGAGCACUUUGGACAGGAGACUGUAGAACCUAGGUGUGAGCUACCACACUCCUUUCAAUCCUGGACUCCAUUUGACUGUCCCAGCUCUACUUCUAGAGUCCUUCGCACAUUUCUGAGAGCAGGAGACAAUGAAAAAAUCUCUAGCGAUGGUGUCAUUCGAGGACGUGGCUGUGAACUUUACCUCGGAGGAGUGGCAGGACCUGGAUGAUGCUCAGAAAAUAUUAUACCGGGAUGUGAUGCUGGAGACCUACAGUAGCCUGGUGUCUUUGGGUCAUUGUACUAACAAACCUGAGGUGAUCAUGAGGUUGGAGCAAGGAGCAGAGCCUUGGACUACGGAAGAACCCCCAAACCAGAGCCUCUCAGAUGUCCAUACAUUGGAUGACCUGAUUAAGAUCAACUGGGAAAACCAGGGUAGAGAUUUGUCGCAAGUUCUAGUUACCAACAGCAAAACAUCAACUAAGGAAAGAACUCACCUUGGAAAAACAUUUAACUUAAGCUCAAGCUAUAGUUUGAACCUGAGUAUAAAAAAUGGGAACUAUACAGCAGUGAAUCCUGAGGAGUUUGAUGUAUGUAAGAACAUGUUUUCCUCUUGUGAGCCUGAUGGUAUGCAUGUAGGAGAGAAACCUGAGCACCCUAAUAUACCUGGGAAAUCCCUCAGAUAUCCUGAAUUUCCAGCUCUUCAUCACAUGAUUAAAAAUUUGCAGCAGCCUUUUAAAUUUAGUGGACAAGAGAAAGCCGUCAGCAAAGAGACAAGAUUCUUUUCACAUAGGAGGGCUGUUACAGGAGAGACCAACUGUAAAAUUAAUGAGUGUCGGAAUACCUGUGAUACGCUAGCUCUCAUUUUCCAAGAGGGAAGUGAAAUAGGGCAGACUCCCUAUAUCUGUAAUGAAUUGGGGAAGCCCCUUUUUGAGAAUACAACACAUUUGAAUCUUCCCAGAAAUUUUGAAGAUGAACACCAGACAUGCAAGCAACAUGGGAAUUACUUCAUUAAGAAAUUACAUGUCCCUGAGCCUCAGAGAACUCCAUUUGGAAAGGAAAUUUUUGAAUAUAAUACAUGUGGUAAAACACUGUGUAAAAUCUCUGUUCUUGCUAAACAUCAGAAAAAACCAACAGGUGAUAAUUCUUACGGAUGUUGGAAAACCUCUGAGAUUUCACCACCCAAAAGAUAUCAGACAAAUCUGACUGGAGAGAAACCCUUUGAAUAUAAAGAAUGUAGGAGAACUUUCUGCAAGAUGUCAGCCUUCACUGUUCAUCAGCAGUCUCUCACAGGAGAGAAACAUUACGAAUGUAAACAGUGUAGGAAGACUUUCAGUCAGAAGUCAGACUUUAGUGUACAUCAGACAACUCACACAGGAAAGAAAUAUUAUGAAUGUCAAGAGUGUAGGAAAACUUUCUACCGGAAGUCAGCCCUUUGCGUGCAUCAGAGAACUCAUACAGGAGAGAAACCCUAUGAAUGUCAGCAGUGUCAGAAAACCUUCUGCCAGAAGUCAGCCCUUCGUGUACAUCAGGGAACUCACACAGGAGAGAAACCCUAUGAAUGUCAGCAGUGUCAAAAAACUUUCUACCGGAAGUCAGUCUUUAAUCUACAUCAGAGAACUCACACAGGAGAGAAACCCUAUGAAUGUCAGCAGUGUCAGAAAACCUUCUGCCAGAAGUCAGCUCUUCAUGUACAUCAGCGAACUCACACAGGAGAGAAACCCUAUGAAUGUCAACAGUGUAGGAAAACUUUUAGCCAAAAGACAGCUCUCACUGACCAUCAGAGAAUGCAUACAGGAGAAAAACCCUAUGAAUGUCAACAGUGUAGGAAAACAUUUCAUUGGAAGUCAUCCCUCAUUGUACAUCAGAGAAGUCACACAGGAGAGAAACCCUAUGAAUGUAAACAAUGUAGGAGAACAUACUUCCAGAAGUCAGCCCUCACUGUACAUCAGAGGACUCACACAGGAGAAAAACCAUAUGAAUGUCAAGAGUGUAGGAAAACUUUCUUCCAGAAGUCAGCUCUCACUGUACAUCAAAGAACUCACACAGGAGACAAAGCCUGUAUUUGUAAACAAUGUGGGAAGAUUUUCUACCAGAAGUCAGUCCUCACUAAACAUCAGAGAAUUCACACAGGAGAAAAACCCUAUGAAUGUAAACAAUGUGGUAAAGCUUUCUCUCAGAAAUCAGCUCUGACUGUACAUCUGAGGAUUCACUCAGGAGAGAAACCCUAUGAAUGUCAAGAGUGUAGAAAAACCUUCUACCAGAAGUCAGCUCUCACUAAACAUCACAGAAUUCACACAGGAGAGAAACCUUAUGAAUGUCAACAAUGUGGGAAAGCUUUCUCUCAGAAGUCAGCUCUGACUGUACAUCAGAGAAGUCACACAGGAGAGAAACCCUAUGAAUGUCAAGAGUGCAUGAAAACUUUCUCCCAAAAAUCAGCCCUCACUGUACAUCAGCAAACUCACAGAGGAGAAUAACCCUCUGAAUGUAAAAGUAUAGGAGCACAUUCUCCAAGAAGUUAGCUCUCGUUCUAUAUCAGAGUACUUAGGAGGGGAAUCUGGUGAAUUUGAAGAAUACAGGAACACUUUCUACUGAAAGCCAGUCCAAAAUUGUCAAAGAAUUCACAGGAGUACAGACAAAUCUACUUCCCGGAUUUGUCAUGGGAGCCAUAACAUGAACCAGCAACAUGAUUUAAGACAAGGGAUUGCCUGGAGAGAGCAGAAUUUUCCAAACUCUAAUACACCAUUUGUAUUUUCCUUGGCUGAAAAAUAUUUACUCACUGGAAACUUUAAGCGCAUACUCUGUUCACAACAUCACCAGUCUGUUGUAGCCAGUUUGCAUUUUAAGUUUGCCUUCUGUAAGGCAAUUCUUAAUCAAAAUUUGCAGAAGAAACCAUUUUGUCAUCUUUCGUCCUCAGGUAACUUGAUGGGAAAGUAAAAAAAAAAUCAUUAGAGCAAAGAAUCCAAUGAAUGAAGAAAAUGUGUGUCAUGUAGGGAUAGCUCAGUGAACACUGACAGCAAAUUAAAAUUUUAGAAAUAUUUAAAUGUGUGUAGAAAAAUAUAGAACAAAAAUUACCCUUUGUUAGUACCAGGAGAAUCUUGCAAAAUGUUCCUUUGGGGGUAAAAUCACCCCCAUUGGAAAAGCACUGCUCUAGUUAAUGUUUUCCAAAAUUUUGAACACAACCUCUAGUAUUCCUAGCAACUACUGGACCUGCUGGAUCUAUAUACUCCCAGCAUAUAAGUGGCAUGAAAAGUUGACAUCUAUGAAGCCACCUUUUAAAUGGAGUCAUUGCAGAAAAUUACCAUUAUCUGUCUCAUUCAAGCUAGUGUAAAGAUCAUUGAGCUGGGGGCCUCCCUGGUGGUGCAAAUGGUUAAGCACAGCACUGUGAAGCUAUCCUCAGCCUCUGCAGCAUGAGUUCGAUCCCCAGCCUGCCAGGGAGCCACCCACAUGGUGCAGCAGACCUCUCCUGUCUUGUCCAUUGCUCCUCUCAGCAGUGUAUUUCAGUCAGUCUGUCUGUUCUCUACUGUCUAGUGAAUCCUCUCACACACACACUCCCGCCCCGCACCUCUGGCCUGUACCCUGGUUCUUUUUUUUUUUUUUUUUU